AUGUCACAAAUCACCUACGCCGAUAGUGUCGUCAUCUACAAGCUCAUCUAAGUCAUUGGAGCCGCAGCGCAACUGGCUGCCAUCGGUGAUUCUCAUCCUCGCACUGCCGAGACCAUCGCAUUGGUGACUGCUGUCUUGGGUCUUUCGCCUCUGCUGCUGGCCACAUUGGGUGUACUUGCACGAGUCUACCACUCCAUCCUCAAGCAACCGUGGGGUACCGUAUUUUCCCUCGUCCUUCUCAAGAUGAUCCAAACACCCGCUGCCAUUGCUUUGAUCCUCUGCAUCGUGGGGGCAACCAACGCCAAUGAUCCGGCAGAGAUUGACUCAGAAUCCACUGUUCAUGUUGGCAUCAUCCUCUACACUUUAGUCUUUGCAGCACUUGUUUGCCCUCACCGGCGGGGCUAUAUUUGGGAGACGAGUUACCGGACAAGGCGAGGUGUCGCUGCUCUUCGCCGUGUCCCUAGCGCUACCUUUCCUGGCGAUUCGAAUUCUCUACGCACUCUUUGCCGCGUUUUCUAA